CUAAACCGGGCCGUAUCGAUCCGGUCCGAGGUUCCCCUGAUACGUAUGCCAAGCGGCAAGAAUCACUUCUUUUCAGCUCUCGUUGCAAUGGAUAGUCGUCUAUGGAAGCUGCCGAGAACGCGGCUGCGCGUACUAGUCGGCCCUCUUCUGAGCUUCUGCAUUAUCUCAUCAGUAUCGAGGAGCCCAUCCGGUCGAAGUGUCCAAGCUUCAAGCCGCCCGACACCGGAAAUCGAUGCCGUUCUCCGCCUCUUGGUGUUCUCCAGGAUCAGCACUCGGCGGUUUUUGUUCGUCUGGGAACUUCUGAAAUGAUGUGAGCCUCGCGAACGUGCGCGAAUGCGAGUGCUAUGUUCUUCUAUCCAAGCGAAAAUUGACUAGAAAGAACACGAUCACAACUUGGAUUCGACGAAGAGAGCGCGGACAGUGUGCUUGCUCCACUGCCAUCUGGUCAACUUUGUGCAAAGUCUCACGUCGACGGGAUAUCUGCAACCCCAGCAGAAUUCUUUGUCUCCACCUGGAGCGAGUAGUCUGCAGUUGCACAUGAUGCGCUGCACAUAACGGCGCCCUAUCUUCAGCACUCUCUCACGAAUCCGCUUUCCCACGUCAAGCAACUCGAGGUCCAUCUCCUUCUUCUUUAUUAUCCUGCUGGGCUUGGCUUCUCUCCCGUCCGCCUGACGACAAACGAGGAUGAUAAGACUGGAUCCCCAUGUAUAAUCACGCUGUAGGCCGCCUCGACUAAUGUCGGUUGCAAAGCGAGGAUCUCUCUCUUUCGAUGUAUCAGGAACUCGGGACGAGGUUACCAGCGUGGUCUGGGUCUAUUUUAGUACUCAGCUUGUCACUAGGAACGGUCCGGCCAGGAAAAGAAUAUCACAGGCACUGUCUGAUCUGUAGGAGAGAAGAUCUCUCGGACUCCGCGCUGCCUGUUCGCAGGGAGUGACGGCGGGUGACAUCAAAGCCGCGCAAGUCCAUCAGUCUGGAAUUGGAAAACGCGAGCCGCGCAACUUCAGCGAAGACUCGGGUAUCCUUUCUCGGGGACGAACGGAAAUUUGGCACUAUCUAUGCACAUAGUAGCAUUUGAAAUCGUCAAGCCGGGAUGAGGACAUAGCAAACCGGGCCUGAGUCGUGUUCAAUUUACUUCCUAGCGUCGAUGACGGCACCGAAAAGCUGUUGGGUUUCGUCUUCCCUGACAGCGAACCGCUCAACACAUGUUCUGCCAUGCAUUUCCUGUCGCGGUUUCUCCCCGGUCCAUGUGCCGUCACCAUCAAACUCUGAUCCGGGUGGCACUGCUCCCGGAAAAACCCUGUCACCACCGACGCAGAUCUCCGGAUGUGGGCGUGGUACAAGAACACCAUGGGCUUGUCUUGGAGAUUCUUUGCAUCGCUGCGCAUCUCCUUGUCCUCAACCCACCACCGCGUUACCGCCGUCGAUCCCAGCCACCCCUCCUCCCACUUUCCGAGUCCUUGCGCUGCUGCUGCGAUGGCCGUCGAAACUUCUCGCCCUUACACAUCCACUCUAUUCAACGAUCAAGAACCUGGUCAUCUGUCCAUGGAUCACCCCGGAGUAGCACCUGAGGUGGGCGGCCCGCUGUCACCCAUCGACGACAUACAGCAUCUGUGUCGCCCGACCUCCUCGCACAGUUCAUCCUCUUCGCCGACGUCACCGACCGUGACGACAUCUGACAUGCAAAAACGCGAUCUGGGAAAGCAGCAGUCCCGUUUCCGGUUAGCGCCCCAAAAUCCACCGGAUCGCAGGGCCACGCAUAACGCCGUAGAGAAGGCGCGUAGAGAGAGAUUGAACGACAAGUUCUCGACUCUCGCAUCGAUUCUCCCUCCCCUCGCGGGUCUUUCCCGGCCCACGCGGUCGCAAAUCGUCAACUCAACCAUUGCCACUGUCGUCGCUACUCAGCGCCACCGUGUUAGAACAGCGCAUGUCUUGCGCGAUUUGAUUGUGGAGACAGAGAGUCUGCGGCAUGAAGUUAAUAGAUGGCGCUCAUCGGCCCACAUCCCACCGCUCGCUGCGUCCAUCCGCGAGGUGCACAUGGAUGUUCUCCUCGGAAUCAAGGAGGAUGAUCGGCUCGGAAACUUGGAUGCCGUUAAAAUCGAACUCGAAGACGACGGCAGUGGUGACAGCGUUACUUCACCCGAGGCAUCGCCUCUGCACAUGGCACCUCCUCGUCACGCUCAUUCACACUCGCAUGCAAACCAGUGGUACGACAUGGCCGCCGAUCAGCAAGCCCCCUUCCACCUCGCGCACCACAGCUCGUAUCGCCCAUCGUCAGCUGUCGCUGACCACCGUCACAUGGCAUCGUCCUAUCCACCUGGCCUGCCCCCCAUCGACACACGCAGAUUUAGACAGGAAGACGACGAGCGUGCUUACGCAGAGGAUCAGUUUGCUUUCCAAUCGGACGCCGGCAUGGGCGGCCGCCCAGCCUUUGGCCCCCAUCGACGGCCGAUGCAAGCCCGCAGACUGUCAAACGAAUCUAUCCAGACCGGGGCCCGCGGCGGAGGCGGAGGCGGUGGGGCCGGAUACAACCUCAGACGCUGAAUCCGGGCGCACCGAUCGACGACUGUAGACAUGUACUUUUAACUCGCGUGUUUGUAUUGGAGGACCCUUUUAGAAUUUCCAUGCGGCAGCUACCGAAGCUGCAUUGGACCAGCUGUACUUAGCAGUAGAAAUAGAACGCCUGAGAUCCGUAGCCUGUACCAUCAAUAAAAG